AAAACGAAGUAAAGGCUGUUCUAAAAUGAUUUUAUAAUCCAACAACCAGACGGCAAAUACAACCCGAAAAACUGAGACGUCAUCCGACUUUUCUUGGCCUAGCUGAGAGGCUAAUCUGAUAGCACGAUGAAUCGCUCCGACGACAUGAAGGUGGCCUCGCUGAAUGACUUCAAGCUGGAAGCGAUGGCCUCCGUGGGCUGGGCGGUGGACUCGGACAUCCCCAUGGCGAAUGCCGAGAACCUGGCCAUCCUGAAGGAGCUGGCCACCCUGAGGGCGUUGAAGCUAGAGGUUCAGCAGCACAUGAAUUCGCUGGACGAACGCGAGAAGGCGGUGGAACGGCAUAAGAAGAACAUUGAGGGCACUAUUCAGCAGAAUAUGACGCUGUAUAGCUCCUUGAAGGAUGACGUUAUUAAGGAGGCGCACAAGGUGCAGCUGGUAAUCUUGGAGCGCAACAAGAUCAAGGAGGAUCUACGCAAGACUCAAAAGGAGCUGGAGGAGUAUACUGAAUAUGCGGAGGUCACUGAACGUAAAAUCUGCGAGAACAAGCGCGAGAUCGAUGAGCUGACUUCCCGGAUCAAGUCGGCCAAGACCACCCUGGUGGAGUGGACGGAAGCCAUGGAGGACGGGAAUAAGGGCUACCAGCUGAUCGAAAAGUACUAUCUGGAUGACCAGCAGAAGGCCCGCGAGUUGAACACCAAGCGGCAGCUGUUGCAGGCGGACAUCGACAAGCGGCGCAAGCAGGUGGUCCUCCUCUACGACGAACAGAUGACGCUGGAGAAGAAUCUGGAGCGGACCGCCUGUCUGUAUAGGGCUGCUCACACGGAGCGCCGCCAGAUGGUGGACACGUGGAAGAGCGCCGUGAACCAGAUGACCCAGCGGGAGCACGACAUCCAGCGCAGCGAGGUGGAGUGCGCUGAUCUUGCCCAGACGUCGCUGGAAACGGCCCUGAUCUACAAGAAUCACGAUAACCAGCUGACCGAGGUGAUCGACAACAACCGCCAGGUGGAAAUCGGCAUCGAGGCUCUGAACGAGGAGACAUCCGACAUGAAGAACCAGAUACAGAUCAUGAUCGACGCCUCGCUGCUGAAGGAGCGCGAGAUCGAUGGCCUGCGCCGGGAACUGGAGAACCUCUCGAAUCGGGUGCAGCUGCAGCGCAUGGACAACCGCAGUCUGAUGAAGAGACGCGACGACAAGGCGAAGGAGAUAGAGAACUUCGCCUCGGUGAUGGAGAAGGUCAAUGCCCGGCUGAAGAAUAUACAGAACAAGGCUCUCAACGCGGACCAGCGCCUCCACAUUCUGGAGGAGAUGAUGGAGGCCGAGGAGAGUGCGCUGAGGAACCUGGACAAGGAGCAGGAGAAGGUCAAUGAUAUGCUGUACCGCACCCAGAGGCAGGUAAAGGAGCUGCAGGACGAGGAGAAGGUCCUGACUGUCCAGAACGACUCCCUGAACUCCAAUCUGGCGGCCAUCAAGCGCAGCCAGCAGCAGGUGAACAACGAGCUGAAGCGCCAGACGGAGAUCCACUACAGCCUGUCCUUCAAGUACCUGGAGGCGGAGCGGCGCUAUGGCGAGGCCAAGGGCCUGGUGGAUGACCCCGAGGUGGAGGCCAUCAACAUGGCCCGGCUGAACGUACUGGAGCAGGAGUACGAGAAGCUGCACCGCCUCAUAGCCACCACGGAGGCGCAGAACAAGAAGCUCAACUACAACAUGAACAACCUGGUGGUGCAAUAUAACGCCGACGAAAAGGAACUCAAUAUGGUCAGGUUCAAGAUCAAGGAGGCACAGGUCUACUGCGAGGGCACUGUCAAGAGACUGCGCCAGAACCGCCACGAGAACUCCGAGCUCAUAGUGGAUCUCAACAUGGUCAAGAUGCGCUGCAGCGACCUGGAGGUGGGAAUCGGUGGCUGCGAGCAGGGCACCUAUGACCUGGAUCAGCAUCGCCUCGCCUUCCGGCGGGCCAUCAAGGAUCGCAACGUCGAGCUGCACAGCCAGGAGGAUGUGCUCCUCUUGAAAAAGAAGCACCUAAACGAGGAGCUCAGCACGUUGCGUGCCGAUCUAGGCGAGCGGAAGAAGCAGAUAGAGGCGAUGAAGGCCCGGUUCGAGCUGACCUCCCAACUGCUGGGCAAGAACGAAGAUGGUUCCAUCAUGACCAGCACUCAGCUGAAGGUGGAAAGCGCCCAGGAGCGCCAGAUGUUGGCCGACGAGGGCGACGCCCUCAACAAGAAAGUGCUGAAGGCGGAGAAGGAACUGGUUGCUCUGGAGAACACGCUGCGCCAGUUCGACAAGUCCAAUGACAACUACCGCAAGACUUUUCGUCCUGUGGACGAUAACUCGAAGGAUCGUGAGCGCGCCGAGUUGGAGCUGAAGGACCUGGAGGCGGCCUACUGCCGCGAUCUGGAGAAUCUGAAGGUGCUGCGAUGUAAGGCACAGCAUUACGACCAGAAGCACGCCGCCCAAAAGGCUGAGGAGGAGGACCUGAUCGCCAAGAUUGAGCAGGCCAGAGCGAGGCGCGCGGAGCAUGCGGCGGUGCUGGACAAGAUCGAGCGCGAACUGGACGACCAGCGGCUGAAGCUGGACCGGGCGCAGCGCGAGAUCCGGACGCAGAUGCGGGAGAUCAAGGCGCGGCCGAUCAGUGAGGAGUAUCUGGCCCAGUUUGAGCGGGAUCUGAACCUGCAGGAGCUGGAGGCGCGCAACACCAAGGCGCUCAAUAUGCUCGCCGAUCUGGCCAGCAGCGAUGCCUCCGGCACGGAGAUCAUGCAGUUUAUUCUGCGCAAGGGCGUCAAGAUGCCGAUGCACCUGAAGCGCACCCGCAGCUGUGUGUCCUGGAACAGCAGCUCCUCGGCCAAGUCCUCGAAGAGCCCUGGCUCCUACAUCAGCGUCAAGGGGAAGACCUUCCUCGGCGGCGGGUCGAGUGCCAGGUCCUCGGCCUCCGACGUGAGCUCCCUUAAGGACGACACCUCCUCGACCUCCUCGCAAUCAGGCCUCAGCAUCAUAUCACUUGAGUUGCCCAUGCCGAAGAAAAAAUAGUUUCAUUUAUUUCAUAUUUAUUUUAUUAUUAUUUUCGCCCAUUCAAUGAUCUCAGCCCGCAUGCUUGUUGCUCUGGGCUUCACGUGCUCGACCAUCGCACUGUUUACAAAUCGACCGUCUAAACGAAACAGCGAAUAAAAUGCGUUCUUAAAGCGGGUCAAAACAAGAGAGCGACGGCGGCAAUAAAAAUAGCCCCCAACAAAUCCGAUGGGGGUAUUUAAAAGUGUAAAA